AUGGAAUUGAUUGGUCGCAACGACAGCGUGGAAAGCGUUUUACAAAAGGACAGACGUUCAUACAGUAUGGGAGAUUCAGACAGCAUGAAACCAACAGCUAAAGCGAGACGUAGACCUUCUGUGGGGCUCCUUGCUGAAGUAUUGGGCGACUACGCGCGGCAUGAAGAAGAGACGACGCUGAAUCGACAACGAUACGAAGAAGCCAUGUUGAAUGUCUUCGGAAGCAAGGGUGUAAUAACACCGCAGUCUGAACACACGGGGCCCACUCUACCCCUGCCCUCCCUCUGCUCAGAACACCUUUCCAACCCACAUUUUGCUUUCUACAUGGGAAUCAUCGCGAAGUAA